AUUUGACGCCAAAUGUUGGAAUUGUUGCAUGCACCAUGGUCGCCACAUAGCCUAAACCACAAUUACUACGUGUUCACACAAAACAUAUAACAUCCUUUCUUUCAUGCAACACUACUUCAACGUGUCCAACAUCUUUCAUUCCCAUCUCUUCCUUAGCUUGUACUAUAAAUUUCAAGCACACAUUCAGCAAUUUUCAUUCAGUAAAUUCAUUAACAAAGCUUUCAAUCAAACACUAAUAAUAUAUUCGAUCACAAUAAUCAUGGCUAAAGUGUUUAUUCUUCCUCUUGCUCUAACUCUACUCGUACUCUCUUCUACUUCUUUUGCUCAGAAUUGGGGCCUCCAACAAGGCCUUCCCUUCCUCCCUACAGGCCAGUCCUCCGCCCAACCGAGGCGGUUGCAGCGAGGCCAACAGGCUCUCAGUGACUGCCAGAUUAACCAGCUUAGCGCCAACGAGCCAUCCAUCCGAAUCCAAGCCGAGGCCGGUCUCAUCGAGGUCUGGAACCCUCAAGAGCAGCAGGAAUUCCAAUGUGCUGGUGUCACUGUGGUUCGUCAUGAGAUUGAGCCUAAGGGUCUUUUCUUGCCUCAUUACAACAAUGCUCCUUCUCUCUCCUAUAUCAUUCGAGGCCGAGGAUUCUUAGGUCUUAGCGGCCUAGGCUGCGCUGACACCUACGAGUCAGGCUCUCCCGAUCAGUCUUUCUCGGAGGAGUCUAGGAGGUCCGAGCGUGGGUCUGAGAACAUAAGAGACCAGCACCAGAAGGUCAGACGUUUCCACAAGGGUCAUGUCGUCGCCGUACCCGCCGGUGUGUCCAAAUGGAUCUACAACGAUGGAGAGGACCGUCUCACUAUUGUUACAUUGUUUGACACUAACAACUUCCAAAACCAGCUCGAUGAGACUUUGAGGAGCUUCUUCCUAGCGGGAAACCCACAAGGAAGAGGAGGCGAGCAAGGCCGCCACCAAGAGACUCGCCGCCAACACGAAACAUCUCGCCGCCACCACACAAGAGGAAGCCAGCAGGAGCAGGAACUCGGCCAAAACAUCUUCAACGGCUUCGACGACCAGCUCCUAGCAGACGCCUUCCAGGUUGAACCCGAGACAAUCAACAAGAUCCAAGGCCAGAACGACGAGAGAGGUGCCAUCAUCCGUGUCGAAGGAGACCUCGACAUGUUGAUCCCCGAAUGGGACCGUGAGGAACAGAGAGGAGAAAGACGCCAUGGAGGACAAAGCAGACGCCAUGACUGGGAAAGGGAGGAACAGAGAGGAGACAGACGCCAUGGAGGACAAGGAAGACGCCCUGACUGGGAAAGGGAGGAACAGAGAGGAGAUAGACGCCAUGGAGGACAAAGCAGACGCCAACAGAACGGCAUUGAACAAACUAUUUGCAGCGCUAGGCUUACUGUCAACAUUGAUAACCCAGAAAGAGCUGAUGUGUUUAACCCACAGGGUGGUCGUUUGACCUCUAUCAACAGCCAGAAACUCCCCAUCCUUAACUUCCUCCGCCUCAGUGCUGAGAAAGUUAACCUUUACGAGAAUGCGAUAAUGACACCUAACUGGAAGAUCAACGCACACAGCAUUGUGUACUUCACACAAGGAAACGGCCGUGUCCAAAUAGCAAACCACCAAGGACAGCUAGUGUUCGACGACAUGGUACAAGAAGGCCAACUCCUCGUAGUCCCACAGAACUUUGUAGUGCUAAAGCGGGCAGGACGAGAAGGACUUGAAUGGGUUGCAUUCUUGACCAACGACAACGCCAUGAGCAGCCCAUUAGCAGGCCGUAUCUCAGCUAUCCGAGGCAUGCCCAUCGAGGUGGUCAUGAACUCAUACGGGUUGUCGAGGGAAGAGGCACAGAGGCUCAAGUACGGCAGGCAGGAAUUGAGCGUGUUUAGCCCUUCAAGGAGGUCUGAGGGGAGGGGUGAACAGUUUGCCAUUGUGUAAUCUGUAAUGAUAUGAAUGAAUGAAUGAUGAGGAUCAUAAUAACCUUGUUUAGAGUACUUUAGGGUUGUUUUUGCGGGAGAAUAAAGUAAAGUGGUGGAAAGGCUAGCUAAACUGGGUUUUUUUAGUUGUAUCGAAAUGAAAGCUUUUGUAUGGUUUCUUUAGGUGUAAAGUUUGCUAAUAAUAUGGCCACCUUACUUUCGUAUC